AUGAGUUCUCAGUUACCACAGGAGCCAGAAGCUAUAGAUCAUACCCCAGCAGAUAAUGCCAACUCCGGUGAACAACCGACGACAUCCAACGAAUUAGAUGGCACGAAUCUCGCUUUCGACUAUCCGCGUAUACACAGACCGGUGAAGAGAAGUUUGAAAAGGCCAUUUGGCAGUUCAACAUUCGAGGAAGCGAACAAGACAAAACGCAAGCCGCAAAUGCCACAUGCCGAGCUUUGUGAAAAGUGUGCUCAAAUUGAUUUCUCGGCAAUAGUGGAACUUGACGCUACCUCUCUCCAGGAUGACUUGAGACGAGGAGUUUAUGUUGCAAAUCUCGGCACAAUUGGUGAUAUGGCUAAGAACAGAUGUCCUCUAUGCCAGCUAUUCGCUGAGGUCAGAAUAACAGGUCAAGGCUUGGAAGAUGACGCCGAAUACCACUUGCGUGCUUAUUCAGUGUUCAAUCGUUUCAAUGACAUGAUCCUUUCACUGGCUCCGGAAAGGAUUACAAUCAAAGACCUGCCGUGCCUUGCGGUCGUCUCGACAGCAUCAACAAGCGCGGCCAUUCCAGACUCUCAUGUCAAAUUACUGUACUGCCACCCUGUCCAUGAUGAGGAUGUGAAAAUAAUUACCCCCAGCCUGUUGAGGUCAGAAGUGGAUUUUGACAAGUUGAGAGGGCUGCUGAGAUACUGCAAAACGAAACACAAUCAUCUCUGCAGUGGUCCCCAGCCCAUGGGCUCCCCACUAAAGCUGAUAGAUUGCUACAAGAAUGCCACCAAGGUCUCAGAAUUAAGGGUGACUCCGGUUUUCUCAGACUGCCCCCCCUACUUGGCACUCAGCUAUGUCUGGGGCGAUGCUAAACGCAACUGCAACGGUUCGAAAGCUGAUGAAAAUGUUCUGAUGCCAAUAACUAUCUCCGAUGCAAUGCAUGCAGUGAAAAUGUUGGGCUAUCGGUAUUUAUGGGUUGAUAAAUUCUGCAUUGAUCAGCAUAAUGAAACGGAGAGCGAAUAUGAAAUCAACCGCAUGGACACAAUAUACCAGAAGGCCGAUGCGACCUUGAUGAUGGCGGCCGGGCAAGAUUCAGACGCAGGUCUCCCUGGUGUCGCGAAGACAUCACGAAUUCCUCAGCAACAUCUGUUAGGCAUGGACACUUCAGGAAGCUAUUUUAUCACGGAGGAGGCUUGUAUUUACGCCAUACGAGGUUUAUUUCGAGUGUAUGUCAAUGCAAUGGCGCGAGAGCUGGGAGGCAGAUCUAGACGGCCUGCACUCACAUGGCCGCAUGCGAAAAUUCUUUCGGCCUGGAAUCUUCGCAGGAAGGCCGGCGGACAGCCCCGGAGUGGUCGCAAGAUCAUCGUUCGAGAAUCUCAGAAGAUUCCUCCAUCUCAUCAGCCAAUACUCAACCAGGCGAUUCUCUGGUGA